CCUUCUUACUCGCUCCGCUCCUCUCCGUCCGCCUCUUAUUUAACACUCCGAACAGUUUCCACACGAUCACAGACACAACCAACAAGAUGCAUCGGCCAGCAGGAGCUUUCCCCUGCCUCCGCCUCCUCGUGGUUUUGACGCUCGGAUCGGUGACCUUCUGCGACGGCGGAAUCACGAGCUCUUUCUCGAGGAAGCUCCAGAAGUCCGUCGACAUGCCCCUUGACAGCGAUGUCUUCCGUGUCCCAUCCGGCCACAAUGCGCCUCAGCAGGCACAUAUUACCCUAGGCAACCAUGAUGGCUCAUCCAUGAUCAUCUCAUGGGUGACUCAGGAUGAACCUGGAUCCAGCAAGGUCCUUUACGGGACCGAUAAGGAUCAUCUUCACAAAUCUGCUCAAGGGAAGCAUACACGAUAUAAGUUCUACAAUUACACCUCAGGUUACAUCCACCAUUGCACCAUCCACCAUUUGCAGCAUGACACUAAGUACUAUUAUGCUAUCGGAAUCGGGCAUACGGUUCGAACAUUUUGGUUCACUACCCCGCCUAAAGUUGGUCCUGAUGUUCCUUACAUUUUUGGUCUUAUAGGCGAUCUCGGGCAAACCUAUGAUUCAAAUAUCACAUUGUCUCACUAUGAAGCGAACCGAAAGGCGCAAGCAGUGUUGUAUGUAGGUGAUCUUUCUUAUGCUGAUCACUACCCAAACCAUGACAAUGUCAGGUGGGAUACAUGGGGUAGGUUCGUCGAGAGAAGCACUGCAUAUCAACCAUGGAUUUGGACAGCAGGAAAUCACGAACUCGACUUCGCUCCAGAGAUCGGUGAAGCUAAGCCCUUUAAACCAUUCACACACAGAUAUCAUGUUCCUUACAGAUCCUCAGGCAGCACAGCUCCAUUUUGGUACUCUCUGAAGUUGGGAUCAGCACACAUAAUUGUCUUGGCAUCAUAUUCAGCGUAUGGCAAGUACACCCCUCAGUAUAGUUGGCUAGAGGCAGAGCUGCCCAAGGUGAACAGAACUGAGACACCAUGGCUGAUUGUUUUAGUGCACUCACCGUGGUACAACAGCUACAACUACCACUUUAUGGAAGGGGAAUCGAUGCGAGUGAUGUUCGAGCAAUGGUUCGUGCAGUACAAAGUGGAUGUGGUUUUCUCAGGCCACGUCCAUGCCUACGAACGUAGUCAUAGAGUUUCGAAUAUCGAAUCCAAUUUAGUGAAUGGAAAGUGUGAGCCGGUGCUAGAUGGGUCAGCUCCUGUGUAUGUCACCAUUGGCGAUGGGGGAAAUAUCGAAGGACCUGCAAACAACAUGACAGAGCCACAGCCAAGCUACUCGGCUUUCAGAGAAGCCAGCUUUGGCCAUGCCGUCUUCGAGAUCAAGAACCGGACUCAUGCGUACUAUGCUUGGCAUCGGAACCAGGAUGGCAAUGAAGUGGUCGCUGAUUCUUUCUGGUUCUACAACAGAUCCUGGAACUCUGCUGAUAUUUGA